AAUGGGAACGUUGUGACGUCAUGUUGUUGCGCUAGAACUGCGCGACCCAACAAGAAGCCUGUGGGUGGUGGUCGAUUCGUUCAGCCCUUUUACAAGUAAAAGCAACUGAAUUAACUAGCACGCUAAUUUGGAGUAGCACUACCUAAAUCAGUUAAUUAAGCCCAGAUUUGUAGAGGCCAGACUGGCAUCCCAACUGGACCGCUACAAUGCAGUGAACCAAAUGGGUCGUUGUGUCUUUCUGUUCCUGCUGCUACAGACCCUGCAGACAUUGGCCGAAGAUGGCCAGUUGCUGUGCGUGUGUGAGGGCAGCGGCUGCCUCAACUCCCCCCAGUGCGAGGGCUCUCAGUGCUACUCGUCGGUGGCGGUUAGUAGCCAUGGGGCCGUAGUAACACGGGGCUGCCUGCAGGGAUCAGAGAAGACCCGUUUGAUCUGUUCUACGGCCUCCUCCCUCAGCCAUGCCCUGCUCUGCUGCUCCAGCUUCAUGUGCAACCGCAAUACUACCGCCAGCUCACUACUGCCCCUCCUCGCUACAGCUCCAGAAGAAGAGCCUGUGAGGUAUCGUGUGGAGACUCUGGCCCUGUUUGUAUUGGGUCCCGUAGUGAUCCUAACCCUCCUGUCAGUCCUAUCUGUGUUGGGCUGCAGGAGGCUGCACCACGGCAGGCUACAGCGACUACAGGAGUUUGACCCAGAACAGGAUGCGAUUGACGGACUCAUCACCUCUAAUGUUGGGGACAGCACUCUGGCUGAGCUGUUGGACCACUCCUGUACGUCAGGCAGUGGUUCAGGCCUGCCCUUCUUGGUCCAGAGAACUGUGGCCAGACAGAUCAGCCUGAUGGAGUGUGUAGGUAAGGGGCGUUAUGGAGAGGUCUGGAGGGGUCAGUGGCAGGGGGAGAACGUGGCUGUGAAAAUCUUCUCCUCCCGAGACGAGAGGUCGUGGUUCAGAGAGACUGAGAUCUACAACACAGUGCUACUGAGACACGAGAACAUACUGGGCUUCAUGGCGUCAGAUAUGACGUCUCGGAACUCCAGCACCCAGCUCUGGCUUAUCACACAUUACCAUGACAACGGCUCGCUUUACGACUACCUCCAGAGGGUUCCCGUGGAGACUGGGGAGGGCCUAGCGAUGGCGACGUCGGUGGCGUGCGGUUUGGUGCACCUGCACACGGAGAUCUUCGGCACCGAGGGGAAGCCGGCCAUCGCUCACCGAGACCUGAAGAGCAAGAAUAUACUGGUGACCAAGGAGCUACGCUGUUGCAUAGCUGAUCUGGGCCUGGCAGUAACCCACUCCCAGUCAGACAACCAGCUGGAUGUAGGAAACAACCCCAAGGUGGGCACCAAGCGCUACAUGGCUCCUGAGGUGUUGGAUGAGUCCAUCCAGACAGACUGUUUUGAUGCCUAUAAGAGAGUGGACAUCUGGGCCUUCGGUCUGGUGCUGUGGGAGAUCGCUAGUAGAACCUACAGCAACGGUAUUGUGGAGGAGUACAAGCCUCCGUUCUAUGACCAGGUGCCUAACGACCCCAGCUUUGAGGACAUGAGGAAGGUAGUGUGUGUGGAACAACAACGACCGUUCAUCCCCAACCGCUGGUUCUCCGACCCUACCCUGUCUGCCCUGGUGAAACUGAUGAAGGAGUGUUGGUACCAGAACCCCUCGGCUCGCCUCACAGCCCUGCGCAUCAAAAAGACCCUGAACAAGAUCCAUAGCUCCCUGGAGAAAGGAAAGAAGUCGUGAGGAGAGGAAAGGAGGAUGACUGCCAGAGGAGAGAUAGAAAGAAGGCAGGGAAGUAGAGAUGCCAGAUCAGAUGGACACAGCUGCUGCUACUGAACAUGAAUGUGGUUUUCCUUAUUGGCUGAAUGCUGAACUGAACUAGCUGGUCACUCAGUGUGAGAUGGUGUUACCGUAGCCUUACCCUGCUUUAAAGGCCUGUGCACGCUGCAGGGGUCAAGGCCGGGGCUCAGACCCUCUACACACACGCACUUCUGCCCAUUUGUCGUUUUCAAUGUUCAGCCAAUCAUUAUGUUGCUCUACUCAGACAAUCAGAUGUGUAUUCCAAUGUAGGUACACACAUGAACGAACACACACACACAAUCUUGAGUUCAGUUACACAGGAACAGAGCCAAUAGGAUCAAAUGAACGCUGUGGUUGUGAACUCUAUAGUAAAAUAUUUAUGUAAUGUGCUUUAUGUGUAGGGUGGGACUAUGAUGAGGUUUUUUUUGGCUAGUAAGACAUUGUGUAAUUACAAAGGAAGUCAGGAGACAUGCCUCCACAUGCUUUGAAUUGUGAGCUGUGAAUGCAUUACAGUUAUUAAUAUAGGAACCAC